CCUCGGGUGCUGGGGGCCGGCGGGGCCGCAUGGCGGCGGCGUGGGGGGGGUGGCGCGGUGGCCCCGCGUUCCUGCGGGGGGCGCUCGGGGCAGGCCCGCGCCGCGCCUGCAGCUCCGGGGCGCCAGUGCGGACUCCCGCCGCCGCGGCUCAGGAAUUGCAAAGCUCAGGAAGAGGACGCUUUCUACUGGAACAUGCUGCUCCCUUCUCUGCUUUUUUGACAGACAGCUUUGGGCGUCAGCACAACUACUUGCGAAUUUCUUUGACUGAGAAAUGCAACCUCAGGUGUCAGUAUUGUAUGCCAGAGGAAGGUGUUCAGCUGACCCCUAAAUCAGACCUACUCACUACUCAGGAGAUAAUCACUCUGGCCAAACUGUUUGUGAAAGAAGGUGUAGAAAAGAUCCGACUGACAGGAGGAGAGCCACUUAUCCAUCCUGAUGUAGUUGAUAUUGUGGGUCAACUGCGCAAGUUAGAAGGUCUGAAAACCAUUGCUGUCACAACCAAUGGGAUGAACUUAACCAGAUUGCUGCCCCGACUGAAGGAGGCAGGACUGAAUGCCAUUAACAUUAGCCUGGAUACCUUGGUCCCAGCUAAAUUUGAGUUCAUUGUCCGGAGAAAAGGCUUUCACAAGGUAAUGGAAGGAAUCCACAAAGCCACUGAACUUGGCUACCGUCCUGUUAAGGUAAACUGUGUGGUGAUGCGAGGCUUCAAUGAAGAUGAACUGCUGGGCUUUGUGGAUUUCACAAAGGAUCUGCCCCUUGAUGUGCGGUUCAUAGAAUACAUGCCCUUUGAUGGCAAUAAAUGGAACUUCAAGAAGAUGGUGAGCUACAAAGAAAUGCUUGAUACAAUUAAACAGCAAUGGCCUGAAUUGGAGAAAUUGUCCUGUGAAACUUCCAGCACAGCUAAGAGUUACAAAGUGCCACAUUUCCAGGGCCAAAUCAGCUUUAUCACCUCCAUGUCAGAGCACUUCUGCGGAUCCUGCAGUCGGCUGAGGAUAACAGCAGAUGGGAAUCUAAAAGUGUGCCUUUUUGGGAAUUCAGAAGUGUCCUUGAGAGAUCACUUACGGUCAGGUGCCUCAGAGGAAGAGUUGGUUCAAGUCAUUGGAGCAGCAGUGGGCAGGAAGAAGAAACAGCAUGCUGGCAUGUUUAACAUUUCCCAGAUGAAAAACCGGCCAAUGAUCCUGAUUGAACCUGCAUUGAUGCUGUUCCCACUAUGCCAAGAUGCCCUACAGAAUUCCCCAAAUUCAAAACAGUGGGGUCACACAUUCAGCCAUUGGCUGACUUUGAGAGCAAGAUUCCCCAAACAAAUGAGGAAAGCAUUAAUGGAAAACAAGCUUACAGGGCAACUCUACUUGCCAAGAUCUUGCCCAGAGCAACAGUGGCAUAUAACAACAGGAAUUCUGCAACCGCAUCUUAGAGGUCCCUGUGUCUUCCAGAAGGACCCAAGCUCCACAUUUGACCCAAAGUGCCUUGAUGCUUCUCCUGUAAACCAAGUUUCAGUGGACUACCAGUCCAAAGGGGCAAGUCCAAGAUCAGAAUUGGGCACUAUGGUAUCUCGUGCCUCUGACAGCUUAACUCACACUGAUGAAGAAGGACGGGCCACAAUGGUUGAUGUUGGAGGGAAAUCAGAUUCAAGAAGAAGUGCUGUUGCUGUUGCUGUGGUCCACCUGGGUGAGAAGGCAUUUGGGAUGGUAAGGCAGAACCAGGUGAAGAAGGGGAAUGUGCUGGCAGUGGCCCAGGUUGCAGGAAUUCAGGGAGCCAAGCUGACGAGCCAGUUGAUCCCAUUGUGUCACAACAUCCCCCUCAACCAUGUGGAGGUGUCUCUGAGCCUGGAUGAGGACAGAUAUGCAGUGGUUAUUCGCAGUGCCUGUCAGACCUGGGGGAGGACAGGGGUGGAGAUGGAAGCUCUAACAGCUGUCAGCCUGGCUGCCCUGACUGUGUAUGAUAUGUGCAAAGCAGUUACUCAUGACAUUGUGAUUGAAGAGGUGAGGUUGCUUAGUAAGACAGGUGGCCAGAGGGGAGACUUCUCAAGAGUUUAGAUCAUACCCAGACACUUCGUGUGAUCACUGCUGAUGUUUGGCCUUUUACAGAACUACCUUUGCUUAGCUGGUAGGCUUGGAGACCUCAGCAGGUGUACCCUACAGCAACCCUAAAACUCCAGUUUGCCUUACACUGUCAGCUUACUGCUGGAGCCACUUAUCCCUGUUGAUAACCUGUUUUUUAGAGAACAAGCUUCUCCACUCUGCCAGUACCUAAAUUUCACUGUCCUUACCAUGAGCUAGAGCCAAGAUCCCUAGUCAUGCCACAGAGUUGGGUUUGUUUUUCCUUCUUACUGUGAAAUAUUUGCAGCUGCCGUCAUCACACCAUGCAACUGUGAGUUCUGGAAAUGAAGCAAGUGCUGAAAGUGCUGUUAUUUGGCAACUGUUUCUAAGUCAAGGAUUAAGAUUUCAGAAUUGUGUCCGUAUUUCUCCCUGAUGUUUUUGAUUGAAUUUAGAAGGUGACAGUGAGGAGAACACAGCUUGGGAACCUUACCAUAAAGCAGAGAUUAUAGCUGGGGAACAGCCAGGUUCAGAUAUGCAGCUCCCAUCCCUUUACUUUGCUAGUUCUUCCCCUGCCUGCAAAUGGAAAUAUCCACUUAUCAGUUUCAAAAGAAAAAACAAAAAAGAUGUCAGCUACUCAGUUCUCUUCUCUGUAAAAUGAUGAUGUAGAAACAGAGGAUUUCUGGGUUUGGAAGAAUUAUUUUGCUGAUUCAAAAGAUACCUUUUACAAUGGCAGAAGCAUGUUCCAGCAUUUUGACCUUAGCACUCACACACAUAGAGGCCCUGUGUCUGCAUGCUCAAGGACUUAACUGUGCCAUGCAUGGAAGCAGGCAUCAGCUCUCCCUGGCUGUAGAAAUAGGUGUCACACCAAGCCCCAGAAGACCUGAAAUUUUUCAGUCCUACAGUGCAGCUCCUACUAAUGAGCAACCUGCAUUGUCCUGACAGAUAAAACAAACUUUAAGACUAGUAGCCACUUGGAAGAGUAAGGUAAUUGGUGUUGGCUAGGUGAGAGUGUUUUCCUGCAUGUUUCUCCAAAUUUGCUUUUGUGAAGUCUUCUGGCCUCAAAGCAUUUAACUGUCCCCAUUAAUGUUACAAUGCCCACUGUCACAUAGCAUUAGAUAGUUUUGAUAAUUGACUAUCCUAGACAAGAGUUUACUUGAGAGUGUUGUUAAUACUGAUGGAUCCUUUUCAAAUGUUAAUUUAAAUUCUCUAAACUGGGUGUUUCCAGCUUCAGUUUGUUUUCUAGUGCUUAUGGCUAAUGUGAAAUUGCAUAUGAUUCAGGGUGCUCCCUUCUCCAUACGCACAGAGAGUUGAAGACAGCUCUAGUAACAUCAGAGAGGCUACCAAAAAAGCAUCUUAAACCUUGCGGGUAGCUGCUUCUCAUGAAAUAAGGUUUAGUUACUGUGAGCAUCAGUAAAGCACACAUCACACUGUUGUACAUCCUACUCACUUAAAGUAAGCACAGGUCUAAGUGAGGAGGCAAAGGUUUUAUGAUAAAUCCUCUGCAAAUUUCGUACACUAGCUACCACAGAAGUCACCUUUUCCAUCAUAGAUUAAUUAAUUUGAUUCUUUUUUCAUUGUCACUGUGAGAUAAGCCACACACACAGGAGCUACAGCUGAAUGGGGAAGGGGUCAGAAAAGCUUGGUGCUCAAACUCCAUUAACGUUUGUACACCUACAUCCGGUGUUACACUCAUGAUGCCUGGACAGCACUGAUGUGUCUGUUAAGUUAAGAGUAGGGGCAGGAGCAUACCUAGCACUGCUGUACUGAGCACCAACAAUCCCCCAGCCAUGCAAAUACACGAAGUUAUGUUCACCUUUGGAGCUGCUGUGCCCACAGCACAGAAGUUUCCCUAGCUCAGCAUGGAAACAGAUUGCCAGAAAAAGGAUGCACGUGUGUAACCUGCUAAGUUAACCAAUUACACACAAGCACUUAACUCCCCCCACCACACACAACCCACCCUGCCUGCCCUGCUUCCACCCAGUCUCUAGCUAGUUUUGAAAACUAAAAGGAAACUAGACGUAUUCAGUAGUAUUAAAAUGAUGCUUUGGGGCAUAUGGUACUUUGGCUUCUGAGAAGUUUGUGAUCAUGCUGUAAAGCUCAUGCAAAGGAGUGACUCAAGGCUACACAAGGGACUACUGAGCACAUGCAUGACUGCCACGCACAUUUUGCUACUUACGCACAUUUCACUACUUUCUUGGGUUAAGAGGGGCAGAAAGCUUUGGGCAAACAGAUUUUGGUGCCAUUUUAUGGUUGUGUUACAUUAUCAAGUCUUGAAACUAUGCAGAUAUAUAUCUAUAUAGAUAUAACAAUAUAUAAAUAUAUAGAUAACAGUCAACAUUUGUGAGCAAAAUUAAGCUGACAGCAGUGUAUGUAUCAGUGGUGCUGGGUGGGCAAUGGUGUAAUACGUAUUCAUGAACUGACUUUGGAGGCUUGCUUUUUUCUCCACUGCAUUUUUAAUAAAGACUAAUUGUAAU